UCCCGGACCAGGGCUCGAACCCGUGUUCCCUGCACUGGCAGGCAGAUUCUUAACCACUGCACCACCAGGGAAGCCCCUGCAUGCUGGUUUUGAGGCUUCAGAGGAACCUAAGCCCCGCCUCUCCUCCCCAAAUCUCCCAUUUCCUGUUUGCUUUGUAAACAGUCUACAGUUUACAUAGGGCAUUAACCCCAUCACCUUAUACCAUGCUCAGAACAACCCCACAAAGUAGGUACUGUUAUUGUUCCUGUUUAUGGAUGAGGAAGCUAAAGCUCAGAGAGGUUAAGUGUCCUCUGCAGAGUCACAGAGCUAAUAAGGACAAGGCAGGACUGGACCUCAGACCCUCAGACUCCAGUCUGAUGCUCUCGCGUCACGACUCUCAGGCAAUUAUUGUGUCCGGUGCCGUGUCCUAUGGCUCCAGUCCUGAGGCGUCUGUCUACCCUCAUCAGGGAGACUCUUGUCUAAAGCAUAUGAUCUGGUUGGGGAGCAGUGCCCCACAAGAAAAUCCAGUGCAUGACAGGAGCAAGCACUGUAGCUGAGUGAUUGGAUGGUUCCUGGAGGGGCGGAGAUGGUUGGGUAGAAUUGGGGUUGGUAAAGGGGAAAGCAUUCCCAGCAGGGGGAACAGCUAAAGCAGAGGCUUGGACAUAAGAACCAGCAUAGAAGAGUGUGACUGGCACACAGUGGGUGCUUGAUAUCUGUGUGUUGGAUAAAUGAACGUUGCCUGGAUCAGAGGAGAUGUGUGUCAGGGAACUUGGGGAGCUCAGGUUGUCAAGAAAGACUGAGCUUGAAUUUGGCCUUUCUUCUUUAGGCAGCAGGGACCCAGUGAAGGUGCUGGAGCAGUGGAUUGACUUAGCAAAAGCCUCAUUUAGAAGCCUAAGUUGGCAGGCAGGAGCCAGGGGUCCAUCCAGUUGGUAGCUAGAGGAAUGCAGGUGUGAGGCAAGCGUGGGGCAGGGCUCUGGGGCACUGCCAGAGCCCCAGCAGAUCCAGCCAGGGGCUCUGAGAAAGGCACAAAGGUGAGAUGGAUGAGACCCUGACAGAAGGUCCCCUUCCAAUCUGGGAGGGACUCUUCUCUCUAUAAGGAGUACUCCCCUUCUCCAUGCCACUGCCAAACGCUUCCUAUCUGAAGACAGGAGGCUCGCUCCACUGCAUCUCCCCCUCCCUCGGGCUGACUCCUUCAGCCCCCAGUUUUCCAGGCCUUGGCUGGGAGGGGAUCCAGAGCAGCCUCUGUGGGAUGACAUCACCCACCGGCCUGCCUGCCGAGUGUUUUCUCAUCUGGAUACCUGCUCCCAGCUCACACCCGUCCGAGCAGCCCUGGGCAGGCAACACCCUAAGAGGUAGAUGCCAGAGAGCGUGAGCUUGUGCUGGCGGAGGGGAGGGCAGUGAGGAAGACAGAGUGUCUGCCUGUGUGUCCAUCUGUCCGUCCCCUAGGCUGUGUGCUACUGCCUGUCUUCUGUGCUCUGGAACGCCUGGAGUACAUUUUCUUAACUUUUCUACCUGUGUCCCAGAGUGUCAGUCUUCAGAAAGCUCAGGCCAAUUUCCACGGGGCAGCGUGGAGGUGGGAGCAGUAUGUGGGUUUUUCCCCUUUGAAAUCUUGCCUCAGAUUUCCUUGGCUUGGAUUAAAAUGACCUGGUGUCUCCAUUCCCCAGCCCCCCGCUUACCCUCUCGAGCAGCUUUUGGCCACAAACCCAUCACUCCUUGUUUCUCCCUGCCUCUGUUUCCCCAUCUCCCCUUUUUCUGCCUUCCAGAAUUUAGUUCUCUAGUUUUCCCAGAUUUCGGAGGUGAGGCCCUGCCUGGUUUAUCCGUAUUGGCUAAAAGCAAGCCGUUAAAUCACUGUUCAUCUAUCUGUCCAUUCAUUCAUUCAUUUCCCCAACAGUUACAGAGUGCCUGCCCCCAGUGGGCACUGUGGUCUGGUCAACAGAUGCUACAAGAGUCGAGAAGAAACCCACACGCCAGUCUUUAUUAAGCAGCAACUAUGUGUCAGAUGUGGAGUGGGUUGGAUGAGGCAGGGCCCCUCCUCGGGGUCAGUGGCUGUCUAUAGGCCACACACAGGACCUGAGUCAGGACGCAAGCAGCGCUGUCAGGAGGACGUGGGUUCCAUCCCAGCUGUGUGACCUUAGGAAAAUUGCCUCAUGAGCCUUAGUCUGCCUGUGUGUGAAAUGGGGCUAGAACAAGGGCCUACACCUGGGUUGUUCUGAGGAUCAGAUAUGGUCUGCAUUAGGUAGUGAGCACUAAUGAAAGCUUGCUAUUAACUGUCAGCAUCAUCUGGGCUCUCAGGCUUUGGAAGCUCUCUAACCAGCUGGAGAACUCCUGUCUUCUGUUUGUAUCUUGAGUUUUCCUUUCCCACAAACUGGAAAGGGAGCCCCUGUGUCCCACAAGGGCAGGGGCUGGCCCUUUUUGUGCUGGGUGCACUCACUACCAGCCCCCCCUCCCCGGGGACACAGCGGGAGGUAGUCUCUGUCAGCGCCGUGCCCAGCGCUGCCUCUGUGCAUCUAGCAGGGGUAGGCACAGAAGCUGGCCCAAUCUGAGUGCACAGCCAGGCCCACCCUGCUGCCUAGCUGUUGGUUGCAUUUUGGCCUGAAAUACAAUCUUGGCUUCGGAUGGGCUGCCUGGGGCAGUGCCUGUGCACAUCCAUGUGGCAGGCCUCAGCUGGGACAGGGUCCCUCCUGGGUCUCCAAAGGACUGAGCUGGGGCUGCAGGGGCUGCACCUCAUGGGAGAAAAUUGCCAGGUGCAGUGGGUUUCUUUCCCUUCCAUCGACCCCACCCUAGGUUGGAUGGAGCCUCCCGCACAGAAAGACCCAAAGAUCCAAGCAGCGUUUCUCACCCUGGCUGUGUAUGAGAACCACGGGAGAGGAGGGGGUGUCUAAAAAAUACCUGAGGCCAAUUCAGUCUGCAUCUCUGGGCGUGGGGCUCAGGCAUCAGUUACUUUAGAAGCUUCCCAUAUCUUGUGGGACCAAGUUGAGGAUCAUCGUGCUAGGAGAAUGGGAUGUCUGGAAACAAAUCAGAGACAGUUCUGUAAUGGAAAGAGAGAUGGGCUUGAACCUAAAACACUGAGUGAAUUUGGUUCUCUCCAUAGCAACUGUGUGAGCCGGGGCAAGCCUCUUGUCUUCUCUGGGUCUCUGAGGUGUCUUUUGUGAAGUGGGAAGGUAACAAGGUUGUUGUGGGGACAAAAUGGGACAGUGUAUGAGCCUGGCACAGAACAUUUGCCAAGUUAGACUCAGGCAUGUGGGGAAGGUAGCUACGGGCUGAAGCACCAAGGGGGGACCCUCUCAGCCAUUUCUAUAGCCAGACUGGUGGUGUGAAGCCCCCAGCCUUUCAGGAGACUGGUAGAUGUAUAGGGUGAUAGACACAGAGUCUAAGAAGUAUGCUAGGAAUUCCUCUAUGCCGGGGAGAUGGAGAGGGGGGUCUGGGAAGGCUUCCUGUAGGAGGUGACCAGUGGGUCUGUGGUUCAUGGAUCCUUUCAGCUCCUAGCCGGCCAUGUGUUAUCUUAGGUGCUGUGUCCCCACUGCACUCUAGUGAUGGUAAUAGUGAGGCGCAGAGAGCUUUCAGCAGCACAUUCAAUGCCGCACAGCCAGUGAGCCGAGAUGGGCACCCAAUCUGUCUACCUUCCAGCCUGGCGUUUGCUUAAUAAAUGUUGCACUGAUUCAGUGGCUAAAGAGGACAGAGAAGCUGCUCGCUCCCUGUCCUCUUCCUGCUUAGCCCCACCUUUUGACCCCUCAAGCUCCUGAAACUGCCAGGAGAGGGCAGCUGGUGGCUUCCGGGAGCCUGACCACAAGCCCCAGCAGAGCUUAAAGGCAGAGGGAGGCUGAGUCGGUCUCCAUGUGGCCGGAGGGCGGCAGCCAGGCCGGACGAUGCCCCGUCGGGAAGCGGGCCUGGGGGCACGGGCCUGAGGCUGGUCCUCGGGGGACCAGGCCCGUGGGCUCAGUGGCCGCACCUUGGUGCCGACACCCACGCCGAGCCCAUGAUCCUGGAACAGUACGUGGUGGUGUCCAACUAUAAGAAGCAGGAGAACUCGGAGCUGAGCCUCCAGGCCGGGGAGGUGGUGGAUGUCAUCGAGAAGAACGAGAGCGGCUGGUGGUUCGUGAGCACCUCUGAGGAACAGGGCUGGGUCCCUGCCACCUACCUGGAGGCCCAGAAUGGUACUCGGGACGACUCAGAUAUCAACACCUCCAAGACUGGGGAAGUGUCCAAGAGACGCAAGGCCCAUCUGCGGCGCCUGGAUCGCCGGUGGACCCUGGGCGGGAUGGUCAACAGGCAGCACAGCCGAGAGGAGAAGUAUGUCACUGUGCAGCCUUACACCAGCCAAAGCAAGGACGAGAUUGGCUUUGAGAAGGGCGUCACCGUGGAGGUGAUCCGGAAGAAUCUGGAGGGCUGGUGGUACAUCAGAUACCUGGGCAAAGAGGGCUGGGCACCAGCAUCCUACCUGAAGAAAGCCAAGGAUGACCUGCCAGCACGGAAGAAGAAUCUGGCAGGCCCAGUGGAGAUCAUCGGGAACAUCAUGGAGAUCAGCAACCUGCUGAACAAAAAGGCGUCCGGGGACAAGGAGACCACCCCAGCUGAAGGCGAGGCCCCAGAGGCCCCCAUCACCAAGAAGGAGAUCAGCCUGCCCAUCCUCUGCAAUGCUUCCAACGGCAGCGCCCUGGGUGUCCCCGAGAGGACCGUCUCCAAGCUGGCCCAGGGCUCCCCAGCCGUGGCCAGGAUUGCCCCUCAGAGGGCCCAGAUCAGCUCCCCGAACCUCAGGACAAGGCCUCCACCUCGCAGAGAGUCCAGCUUGGGGUUCCAGCUGCCUAAGCCGCCAGAGCCCCCUUCUGUUGAGGUGGAGUACUACACCAUUGCCGAAUUCCAGUCGUGCAUUUCUGAUGGGAUCAGUUUUCGAGGCGGACAGAAGGCAGAGGUCAUCGACAAGAACUCGGGUGGCUGGUGGUACGUGCAGAUCGGUGAGAAGGAGGGCUGGGCCCCCGCGUCGUACAUCGAUAAGCGCAGGAAGCCCAACCUGAGCCGCCGCACGAGCACUCUGACGCGGCCCAAGGUGCCCCCACCGGCACCGCCCAGCAAGCCCAAGGAGGCCGAGGAGGGUCUGGCGGGUGCUGGUGAGAGCCAGGACUCCCCGCUGAGGCUCAGGUACGAGGAGCCCGAGUAUGACAUCCCUGCCUUUGGCUUCGACUCAGAGCCAGAGCUGAGUGAGGAGCCCGCAGAGGACGGCAGCUCGGGGGACAGGCGGCCCGGCCAGCCCCACAAGCCCUCGCCCGCCUUCUCGCUGCAGCGCGCCCGCUUCAAGGUGGGCGGAUCUGCAGAGGACGUGGCCCUGGAGGAGGAGACCAUCUAUGAGAACGAGGGCUUCCGGGCAUGUGCAGAGGACGCCCUGUCGGCCAGGCGCUCCUCCCGGGACAGCGACUCCCCAGGCGGCUCCCCGCUGUCCCUUGCCAGGAAAAACUCCCCCAGAUCGGGCUCCCCCAAAUCGUCGUCGCUCUUGAAGCUCAAGGCAGAGAAGAACGCCCAGGCAGAACUGGGGAAGAACCACUCCUCGGCCUCCUUUUCCUCGUCCAUCACCAUCAACACCACCUGCUCUUCCUCUUCCUCCUCUUCCUCCUCGUCCUUGUCCAAGAACAGUGAGGACCUGAAGCGCCGUUCUGCCUCGGACGCAGGCAUCCGCGGCGCUCCCAAGGUCGGAGCGAGGAAGGAUGCUGACCCGAAGACUGGGCUGACCUCCUGUGCCCGGGCCAAGCCAUCAGUUCGGCCCAAGCCGUUCCUGAACCGCACAGAGUCCCAGAGUCAGGAGAAGAUGGACAUCAGCACUUUACGGCGCCAGCUGAGGCCCACUGGCCAGCUCCGGGGCGGCCUCAAGGGCUCCAAGAGCGAGGAUUCGGAGCUGCCCCCCCAGAUGGCCUUCGAGGGUCCCGGUGAGGGGUCCAGGAGAGGCUCGGCCGACCUCAUCACCCUCCCUGCCGCCACGCCCCCGUGUCCCACCAAGAAGGGGUGGGAAGGGCAGGCCACCUCCUACACGACAUGUAGUGCCUACCAAAAGGUCCAGGACUCGGAGAUCAGCUUCCCGGCAGGCGUGGAGGUGCAGGUGCUUGAGAAGCUGGAAAGUGGCUGGUGGUACGUGAGGUUUGGGGAGCUGGAGGGCUGGGCCCCCUCCCACUAUCUGGUGCUCGGUGAGAACGAGCAAUUCGACCCCCCUGGCAAAGAGCUGGACACAGUGGCCACCAAGAGCAAGCAGAACGAGGGCAAGUCAGACAGCCUGGAAAAGAUCGAGAAGCGGGUCCAAGCGCUGAACACCGUCAACCAGAGCAAAAGGGCCACGCCACCCAUCCCCUCCAAGCCUCCCGGCGGCUUCGUCAAGACCUCGGGCGCCGGGGUGGUGAAGAUGAGGAAUGGCGUGCGGCAGGUGGCCGUGAGGCCCCAGUCGGUGUUCGUGUCCCCACCGCCCAAGGACAGCAACCUGUCCUGUGCCCUGAGGAGGAAUGAGUCGCUGACGGCCACCGACGGCCUCCGAGGCGUCCGCCGGAACUCCUCCUUCAGCACUGCCCGCUCGGCAGCCACAGAAGCCAAGGGCCGCCUGGUCGAACGGGCCGCCAGCCAGGGCUCGGACCCUUCUCUGCUGCCCACUCAGCGCAACGGCAUCCCGGUGUCCCCUGUGCGCCCCAAGCCCAUUGAGAAGUCCCAGUUCAUCCACAACAACCUCAAAGAUGUGUACGUCUCGAUCGCAGACUACGAGGGGGAUGAGGAGACGGCGGGCUUCCAGGAGGGCGUGUCCAUGGAGGUCCUGGAGAGGAACCCCAACGGCUGGUGGUACUGCCAGAUUCUGGACGGGGUGAAGCCCUUCAAAGGCUGGGUGCCCUCCAACUACCUGGAGAAGAAGAACUAAUGAGGAGUGGUGGGGGGCCUAAGUCGUUGCAGCCUCAGUAUGGGUGAGCUGUGAGAGAAGACAAAAGGGAAAGGGAGAAUGGGAGGGGGUGGGGAGGACAACGUUAAACCUGCAGAAUGUGGGACCUCGAAGAUACUCCCCUCCAGGCUGUCCCCCAGCUGGAAGGUAGGGUCUGGUGGGGGCCCACAUUGAGCAGGGAGUGGAAGGGGCAGGGGUGUCCUGGGCCUGGGACCGGAGGCAAGAAAGCUGAGCCUCACACGUGCACCUUGGGGACUCUGCUGAUGGACUCGGCACCAUUUGGGACAGGCCAUGUAGGAAACCCCAACUUGUGCCUUGGCUGCAAAUCUGGAAAAGGUGUGGUUGUGCGGGCCUCCUGUGCCCUGCCCCUGCCUAGCCUGGCUUCCGUUGCUGGCAUCUUGUACCCCGGAAGUAGCCCUUGUAUCAUCCUAAUCUAUGUUUGUGAGUUACGCUGGUUUCCCAGGAAUCUCUGCCGCCUGCCAUGGGUGGGUGUGGUAGGAGAUACCACUGGCCCUGGGGCUGGGAGGCAUCUCCUGUGAGCUCAGGCUGUCCCUGGGCCAGGCCACUGUUUCUUGUUAGUUGAAGAAAAAGCAGUUCCCCAGCUGCCAGCAAGGACCACCAUUCUUAGCCGUCACUGCUGCUGGCCUUGAGAAGAGAGGCUGCCCUGCCUGGGGCACCCCCGUGGAGGACCACCAGCUCCAGUGUUCACAGAGAGGGCAGGUAGAGCCGUCGGUCUUUUCACAGUCUGCACAGACUUUAUUUUGGAUAUUUCUGGGUGGGCAGUUCUUUGCAGGUUUUGGGAGAGGUGUAUUGCUUUGGGCCUUCUAUGUCAGGCCUUGGGUUUUGGUCUUACUUUAGGAGUUGUUUGGGGACCCAAGGGCAGUCAGCCUCACGGGACGGGAUGGGUAGUGGAUGGCCUUUCUAUCAUACUCUUGUGGGGAGGUGGUUUGGUUUGUGUUUUGCAUUCUUCCCUCCACAAGCCAAAGUCGCUUCAUUUGGUUUCCACUGUGUGGACAGUACCGGUGCUUGCCAGAGGGAUCUCGGGCUGGAGGAGCCCUGGUCCCAGCCGUGGCAAAGCAGAGACGCUGCUCUCCCGGUUCUUGUGCAACCUCAGCAGGGCAGAACUCUCAGCAGGGAGGCGGGUGGUGUUCAGGAGAGGGGCAGCGAACGUUCCCCUGCCUGGGCAGGGCCCGAAGCCUUAUGUGAAGGCUGUGGAGCAGCAGCCAUCGCCCUCACCCUGGGCCCAGGGGAACCUGCUGGGCGGACACCACCAGGCACCCCCUGGCCUGCAAGCAAUAUCGCAGGUGCCCGAGGAGGCGAAGAUCCCUGGGCCAGGAGCCAACCUGGUCUUUCCGAGGGGCAGUGCCCCUGCAAAGAGAGAAGGGAGAGAAUGACGUCCCUGUCAACUCUGGGUGGUGUCUUUCAGUCGACACUUCAGAGGCCAAACUGGCUUCCCCAAGGACUCACUCUUCACUGGGAGUGGAUUUCCACACGUGCCUUUGAUUGUGGACAGAUCAGGCUUCACAGCCCCCGACUCAGCUGCCAGAUCCUGGACUAAGGAGGAAAGGCCCUCCCUCCGCCCACACUCCCCCCGCCCCCCAGGCAGCGUAUGAUGCCUGAAGAACAGCGGGGGACCCGCGCCUCGUGCCCUCAGCCCCCAGCCGCCCUGCCCUCCUCCUUCGCCGUACACUGACGCCUGGCAGCUCUAGCAAACUGCUCCCGUUCUAUGUUGAAAAGGCCGUGGUGAGAUUUUGCUUCCUUUUGUUUGUUUAAAAUUAAAAUUAGUUACUAUUUUCUUCUGCUGGACAGUAUUAAAUAGAGCAGGAUGUUGAGUUAUCUGCUAGACUGCAGUACUAAUGGUAGUGUUGUAGUGUCUUCAUAUUAAUAUUAUUUGGACUUAUUUGAACAAUAAUGAUAAAGAAGUGGUUCAUUAUUUUUUAAUUAAUGCACUUUAAUACGGUGGAAUGGAAAGAAACCCAGAGAGCAAAGUGCAUUACUUAAAGAUGCAGUAUAUACUUUUCUCAUUUUUAAGCAGCACAUAUUUAUUAAAAGAAAAAAAAGUAAUUUAUGAUUAUUUAAAAUAAAAUUUAAAAGUAGAGUGAUUGUCGGGUUAAAGGACCUUCCACGUAGCUAUCUUCCAGGGGGAUGGCCCCAGCGGCCUCACUCCUCAAUGUCUGCACUGAGCCAGUUCAAUCAGUAACACGCCAGCCAGGCCAGGAAGGAGUGCAGGACACAUCCGCUAAGCACAGAGCAUCUCAGUCGGACUGGACCACAGUGCUCCCCAGAGCCUAUCUUUCCCUGCCCUUCCUCACUGCACUGCCUUGUGGGACUCUCCACCACCCACAAGGCAGAUGUUCUCCCAGCCCCCCAAGGACCCUCUCUCCUUAAUCCCCAGUGCCCUUAAGUGAGUCAUUGUAAGUGACCUUCAGGGUCACUCCAUCCCAUACCCUCUUGUUACUGCAGCCCAAAGACAGGAAUUAGCUUUCCCCAAAUCACAUAGCUAGUUAACGGCAGACCUCCCCACUGCAUCCACCCCUGCACUCCUCCCCAGCCCCGCUAGAGUUUAUAGUGUGGUCAUCAUGUUUACAAUGUGACAUCCAGCCCCGAGGAUGGCUGGGGGUUGCUCAGGCAUCCAGGAAAAGUAGAGAAUGCUGCCACCUGGUGACAGCAUGUAGCUUUGGGCAGUGAACAGGGAUUGCCAUGCCCCGUCUUCGCCCCUUGCCCCUCACCAUCACCCCCUUACAGCACAGCACAAACCCUGCAAACCCAAAGAGAAUAUUAAUACUUGAAGCAAGAAGGGUGCAUGCCAGUCCCUCUCAGACAUGGCCAGGGGAUGCCAGGCCUUGUGCCCCUGGACUCCUAGCCCUGCCCAGGGCAAGAGGGCUUUUCCCUAGAGCUACUGAGCUGCUUUGUGACGUUGGAGGGUACUUCUGGCAGCAGGUAGAGGAGGGAGGGGUCUGUGGCUCUGACCCAUCUGGAGGAAAACCAGAUCGGACUUUAAAAGGUUUAAAAAAAAAAAAAUCUCAGCAGUGUCCAAACCUAGUUUUCCAUUAGUUGCGAUUGAAAAUGUGAAAUGACGUUGUAUUGCUGUAUACUGCAACUUUAAUCAAAAUGAGCCCUUCUGAGGUCAUUAUUGAGGUUUAUAUAAUGCCCGAAGAUGCAUCAUUUGGUGCUUUUCCUUUCAGUUUAAAGACUUUUUUCUUUUAUUACAAGGGAAAAAGAUGUCUUCAUCUCUCUCCCACUUUGUAACAGGGGCCUGGCUGGGCUCCCUGGCCCCAUCAUGCUGUUCCCACUAGGCCAAGGGACCCCGAGGGUGGCAAGAGGGAGCUGGAGGGGGCAGCCUGAACAGCAGGUGUGCCAUCUGCCCCAGCUGUGGCUGGGCCCUCUGGCCAGCCUUCAGCCCGUUCACCCCCAGCCUAGCCCCACAGGGUCCUCUUUCUUCCUUCUCCAUGCUCCAUCUUGACGAAGGCAUUAUAUAGAAUCGUUUUAAUCACUUUCAGAUGUUAGAGCAGCGUAUUUUACUGGCAUUUAUAUCCAUUGCUUUCCUCAGCAAGGCAUGUUACUAUUAUCAUCUAAGGAAAAAAGACAAGGGAAUUUCGGUCAAGCAUUAUUUUCACAUUACUAGUAUUUGCAGAAUAGGUGUAGAACUAUUUAAGUUUAGACCUUGGUUUGGUAGUUUGUUUUGUUUUUAUGGAAAAAAAGAUAAAGUAACCCCUACUUUUCCUGUUUUUGUAUUUAACUAAUAUAUUAUUUCUUUAAGGUUACUCACUUCCCCUACCCGCUCCAAAUACUUUGCAUUCUCAAUCGAAAAUGAAAACAAUCUGAGAGACAGGAAAAGUGCAAUAUUAUCAAGAGGGAUGCCAGGGCUUGUUGGGAUGGUGGCGGGAGAGCCAGCAACCCCGUCUCUCGCUAGGGGAGGUGGGGCUCCUGGAAGAAGUCGUAGCUGUGGAGCCUAUAGAUGACCUGGGUAUUGAUUUUUUUUACCCCUCCUCCCCUUCCCCCUUCCCUGGCAAGAUGGCAGGGGUCCCCGCCAGAGGGCAUCCCCUUCUGCUGGGUGUUGUCCGCCCAGAAGAGAGGGAUUCAGGGAAGUGGCAUGGGGCACUUGGCCUCCCCGGGGCCCCAGCCCCAGGCACAGAGCAAGGGCCUCCAGGAACCGUUCCUUGUUUUCAUUUCCGUUGUUUUUCAGCCAGCUGCUCAGAAAGACCUGUCCCCAAAAUAAUCCUUGGCAGCCCUCUCAUGCCAAUCUCUUGAUGUUUGGGCCAUGAUCCUUUCGAUGUAUGUUUGAGUCUUUCUAAAACUACGUAACCUCAAGUUCAGUUUAUGGGCAGGAACCCUCGAUGUAAUCAAACCCUUCUGGAGGGAUGUGGGUGCCUUGAGCCCAGCGUUCCCCAGUGACGCACCGAUUCCCACAAGCCUGCAGCUGGGCCUGGUGCUGAGCCAGGGCCACCCGUUCAUCUCAAUGACUUCAGCCCGAGCAAGGCGCGAGCCCUGCCUCUGCUCAACACCCCGACAGUCCCCAGAAGGGCCUGGAGAAGCGUCGGAGGAGCCUGCUGAGGUCCCUGCAGACAGAACUUCCCACUACAGGUACCAAGCCGCCGCCUCCUACCUGGGUGCCAGUAGAGAGGGGACAGGACGGGAAGUCUCUGGGUCCAAAGCUCUGCCCCUCAAGGCGACAGGGACAUCCUUGCGGGCUCAUCCCCUCCACCUCCAGUACUGUACGCUUGCUGCUCCAUCCCGUUCGGUGAAUUUCUGUACAAAUAGGAACCUGGCGCCCAGAGUGGGACCGCGCCCCCGUGUGGGGGUGGCUCUCCUUGGAGUGUAUACGUCUAUAGGUCCAAUCUUCAAGAAUCCCGAUGCAGAGCUCUCUGGAAAGAGAACCAUCCACAGUGCUAAAGAAUUAAGAUUCCCUCACUUUUUUGAGGGCUGUGUGUUGUUGAGGUAGAGAGAGUGUGUGUGUGUGUGCGCAUUCGAGUGCGUUAUGUGAGAGUGUUGGUCAUUUCCCACUUGAACUAAAGAACAUGGGGUUAGAGGAAAAACAUACUGGGCAAGCUGUCUCCAUUGAACAAGUCCUUGGCAUUGGGCAGGCCCCAAAGGACUCACAGCUUCUGGCAGCAAGCGUAUGUGUUAUUCACACGUGUAAUUCUGGCUGGAGAGUGCAAUGUGUCUUUUUUUUUUUUUUUUUUGGUAAUUAUUUUAUUAAGUAUUUAGUUGGAAACUUCACACUGGCAUUAACAGAUCUAGCAGAAGCAGCCUAGGCCAUCGUCCCGGGCUCCAAAAUGAAGAUGUGGAAAGGUGCCGCCACUGGGUGUGGAAGUGCCGAGGCGGUCAGAUGGGGCUGCCACCCGCAGUGUCUCUAGUAGGCUGACUCCCAGCCUUUGCCAUGCAUAUCGCCACUGUAGGAAUCCCCAUGUCAGGAGAGCAGCUGGCCCUCAGUUCUUAUAUUGCUGAGGGUGGAUCAGGCUGGUCGGGGCGAGAAAUUGGUCACCGUGAGCUCAGUGGACCUACCCGUGCGGGUACGUCAGCACCCCGGGUCUAGACUGCAGGCCUGACUGAACGCUUCAUGGGAAUCAUGUGGAGGGCUCCCCCUUGACGUUACUGAGCUUUUUGUCUAAAUCAUGAUCUCUGGUUGGGGCAGCCCCUGGUUCUCAAGCUCUGUGAUCAGAGCCAGUGACACAACAGGGUCAGUGACCUAUAGCUGCACUUCAGGAAAAAGAGCCCCACUGAUAAUAGCAUCCCUCCUGUUUUGUCCUGUGCACCUGGGUCCUCAGGCCAGAAGUUGGGCACACUGGUGCUUAUAGACUGGGUAGAGGACUCUGUCUUCCUGGCCCUUGGUCCCAAGCUGCCUAUAAUGUUGGUUUUACCAUGCCAUCCCCCUUCCCGGAGCCUAUCUUUUUAACCUUGAGUUUGCACUUGACCUUGACAAUCAGCCCCCUCUCCCAUUCCAGAACUUAGUGGCCUUAGAGAAUGGGUCCCUACGAUGAAGGUCCCUCCUUUGUUCCCAUUUCCAUCCUAGCUAAUGGGCUGGACCUCAGGAGGCAAGAGAGAAAGGAAGAAUUGUCGUUUUAAAGCAAAAGUAUGGAUCGAGCACGUUGGAGGUGAGUGAGAGGCACGUCGGCAAGAUGAGUGUGCGCGUGUUUGGGGUGGCUGGGGUUUACCGCCCCUUCCCCAAGAAGGAGGCUUCCAGAGAGGAGGUCUGCUAGGCAGAAAGGGAAGAGUAUGAGAAGGUUGAGAGAGGGUUUGGAGUCUGGAGUUUUGUCUUUAUUAGAAAGGAGGAGGAAGUCUACUCUGAGUGUUUCAGGAAGAAGACAGCAGGUAGGGAGGGAGUUUAGUGAUUCAACACCCAAGGGUCCAGCCAGAACAGGCUGGGAAAGCCCCAAGAUUCGGCUGUUAGAAGAAGCUGGCCUCAGGAAACAGCUACUUGCUGGGCCACAAGCUGGGUCCCCAGCGGGUUCUUAAUGGUCAUUGAUUUACUUAGUGGAAAGCGGGAAGUUGUCAGCAACAAACCAGUCUUCGAGUUUGAGGCCCUGGCUCCAGAACAUUCAUCCAUCUCUCCGUUUCCAGGCUGGGUUUCCCCGCCUCCCUUUGUCCAAUCCAGAGCUAGCCU